AUGCUCCCAUUUCUCGAACUCUCCAAAAAACUUGCCUCACAUGGUAUCAAAAUCUCAUUCGUUUCCACCCCAAAAAACCUCAAAAGACUACCUUCAAUUCCCACGAAUCUUUCAACCAACAUCAAACUAAUCGAAAUCAUAUUACCAAAAGUCAACGGUCUACCUGAAAACUGUGAGGCCACCAUUGACAUCCAACAAGAAGAAACACCUUAUUUAAAAAAAGCCCACGACAACUUACAACAACCAUUUGAAAAAAUACUCGAAAACGAUCCAGAUCCACCGGAUUUUAUUUUUAUAGAUUUUUCUUCAUUUUGGGUCCCAAAAAUUGCCACCAAGUUCGGGGCGAAAACCGCCUUUUUUAGUGUGUACACUGCCGCCACUCUGGCGUACAUGGGCCCACCGGAGGAGCUGAGGUGGGGGCAUAAACGGAAAACUCCGGCGGCAUUCACGGUGGCACCGGAGUGGUUUACUUUCCGUUCCACGGUGGCUCACCGGCCGGAUUAUGCUCCGACGAUGCUCCGGAACUUACACGUUCCGGAUGCAUCCGGAAAGUCAAGCGGUCAACGAAUAAGUCAAGUAAUCGAAGAAUCCGAGUUUGUAAUAAUUCGAAGCUGUAAAGAGUUCGAGGGGGAGUACAUCGAUCUUCUCGAAAAUCUUUAUAAAAAGACAGUUUUGCCCUUGGGGGUACUUCCACCAGAGAGAAAAAAAGAGGAUGUAAACGAGUCAACUUGGUUGACAACUUUUAAAUGGUUAGACGCGAAAAGGGCAAAAUCGGUACUUUUUGUCGGAUUCGGGAGCGAGUAUAAAAUGCCGGUUGAACAAAUCCACGAGUUGGCCCACGGAAUCGAGCUUUCGGGGGUUUCUUUCAUUUGGGUUUUGCGGAAGCCGAAAGAGGUGGGUAGUUUGGACAUUUUACCUAAAGAUUUUGAAAGUAGAGUGUCUGAGAGGGGGGUGAUUUGUCUUGGGUGGGUCCCACAAAUGGAGAUAUUGGCGCACCCUUCGAUCGGAGGGUGUCUUUUCCACUCGGGAUGGGGGUCGAUUGUUGAGAGUUUAGGGUUUGGGCACCCGUUGAUUCUUAUGCCUAUGGUGGCUGACCAAGGGCUUAAUUGUAAAUUGCUUGUGGAGAAGGGAAUUGGGUGUGAAGUUGAGAGAAAUGAAGAUGGGUCGUUUAGGAGAGAGAAGGUGGCGGAAUCAGUGAAGUUGGUAAUGGAAUCGGGAGAAGGGGAAUGGAUUAGAAAAAAGGGUUUGGAAAUGAAAAAUGUAUUUGGGGAUGAGAGUCUUCAUGAGGGUUAUAUUAGUUCGUUUGUAAGCUACCUAAAUAGGUUCAAAACAACCUUAUAA